AUGGCUGUGAUACUGAACAAGAGAUUCGGCUACUACGGCACUAGCUACAGCAGUAGCAGCUGGGUGUGGGGCCGGUGGCUGCUGUUUAUCGUGCUGGGUGUUGGUAUUGUGCUGUGGAUUUUCAUGAUCAACGUGAGACGACGCAGAAACGGUGUAAACCCCAUCAGAGGAACUGCGUGGCUGGCUCCUCCGUCGUACGGUGUAUCGCAGAACCAGUACAAUCUUCCUACCGACCAAAACCCGGUUCCUGAGUAUUCUGCCACGGCCAACGUGAACGAUGCAGGGUUUUUCGACCAAAACGGCAAAUUUCACCGCACCCAGGAUGCUUCGAUGCAGGGUCCACCACCCAAUGCAGACCAACAGCAACAGUACGGCAACGUCUCUUCGCCUUCGCAACCUCCACCUGCAGUAGUUCGUGACGAUGACGACUAUUAUUCUGAAGCAGCUCAUCAAUUCCAGAGACCAAACGUACCGCCUCCAACUACAACAGAGGUAACUGACACUACAGGCUCGACCACACCCACCACGCCUACUGCAAAUGCACAAUUCCAAAGACCAUCGGGCCCACCGCCCGCAAAGCAUGGGUGA